AAAUUAUUCAUGCUAUUUGGUGGUCUCCAUGCGGGGUCAGAGACCCUCCAAGGGUCUUUCCAAGAUCUUUGAAUCGUGGUACGAUGUUUUCGGCCCGGGAGACCUGCAUAGGUAAUGUCAUAUGUUGGAAAUAUGGAGCUCUGUAGGGGGACCUGGAAAUUACGUGUGAAGGUACUUUAUAAAACACUUCCUUCCAAGAAGAUUCUUGAGUCUUCUGUGUAUUGGGCAAUUGGUUCAGUCCAACAGCUGCAACCAAAAUGAAAUACUCACUAGCAUCCCUCCUAUCUUUCACGCUUGCUGCAUCGGCGGCAGUGAUCUCCUCUACCUCCCAACAACCACAAUGUAAGUAUCCAAUUGGCAAAUCUGGCAGCUUCGCCAAACCAGCAGGACGCCUCUUCAACAUUGAUGGAAAGGUGCAAUAUUUUGCUGGGAGCAAUGCUUGGUGGCUUGGUCACCUGUCGAAGAACUCGGAUGUUGACAUUGCUUUGAAGCAAGUUGCUGCGACUGGAUACAAAAUCUUGAGGGUUUGGGGCUUUGGAGAUGUCAACACCCCUCCACCAGCGACGAACACAGACCCGAAUAAAGUCUACUUUCAGAUCUUGAACUCGACAGGGAGUUAUAUCAACUAUGGUGCCGAUGGCUUGGAGAGACUAGAUUAUGUUGUCAGUGCAGCUGAAAAAUUUGGUGUGGGACUGGUCUUGAACUUUGUGAACAAUUGGGGUGACUAUGGUGGGAUCCAAGCCUACUCCACCGCUUUCGGAAGCAAUGCCACAACUUUUUACACCAACGCCAAAGCGCAGAAGGCUUACAGGAACUACGUCCGCACUAUCGUAACGAGGUACAAGAAGAGUCCCGCGAUCUUCUCCUGGGAACUAGGUAACGAGCCGCGCUGCAAAGGAUGCCCAAGCUCGGUCAUCACAAAUUGGGCAACAGAUGUCAGCAAGUACAUUAAAUCAUUGGACUCGAAGCACAUGGUCACGCUCGGUGAUGAAGGCUGGCUAGUACCUGGCGACAGAAUUGGCGAUGGGUCAUACGCAUAUUCCGGCGUCGAAGGCAUCGACUUCGCUGCCAACCUCAAGAUCAAAACACUCGACUAUGGAACUUUCCACCUUUACCCGGACUCUUGGGGAUACAAUUACACUUGGGGAGCUGACUGGAUCAAACAACAUGACGCUAUUGGCAAGAAGAGCGGAAAACCAGUCGUGCUGGAGGAAUACGGUGCGCCGUUCCCAGGAAACCAUACGGGUGUUGAGAAACCUUGGCAGGAUGCCGUGUUGAAAACUGGCGUCGCAGCCGACCAGAUCUGGCAGUUUGGCAGCCAUGAUCAGAGUGUGCCUGGGGAGACCUUGGGUGAUGUCAAUACGAUUUUCUAUGGAGAUGCGGAGUAUGAGGUUUUGGGAAAGGCUCAUGCUAAAGCCAUGUUGAGGAAGAGAGUGUAACUAACCUCUUUGAGAUUUUAUUCAGUAAAAUCGACAUGCAAGAAGAUAAAGACAUACAUUAGGAUAGUUAAAAUGAACUCGCGAGGUCAGCAAGAGGC